GAGAAUUCAUUAUUGAAACUAUGAAAAGGGGGGAAAAAACAAAGCCAAAAUUUCCAAUCUCCCUCCUUACUAUACUCAGCUCGCUCGCGUCCGAUUUACGCGCUAUACCCCACCCCCCGCCCCUCAAAAUUGCGGCCUUAUUACCUCAAAAUUGUCUGGAUUCUUCUAUUUUCCGCCAUCGCCGCUCUUCCACCUCCAUUCAAAUUCCCACCGCAACAAACCCUUAACACCCAUUUCCAUCUAUACGCAUAUUGACUCAACAAUGAGGAAAGGUACAAAGAGAAAGGCUAAAGAAGUAGUAGGAAAAGGUAAGGCGAAAGAGGCGGCGGAAACCGCAACCACCACCCAAGAGCAAACCGAAGGGACCAACAAGAAUGAACCCGGACAAACCCAAUUAGCUCCUGAGAAGAACAAAUCUGUUCAAGAAAAACAGAAAGAGGAAUCCCCCAAGAAAAAUGACAAAGUUGUUGUUAAGCGACAAGCUAAACGAGCUAAGAUUGUUAAGCCUGAGACUGAGUACUUCCCUGAUAAGCGUAAUUUGGAAGAUCUGUGGCAAGAGGUUUUUCCUGUUGGCACAGAGUGGGAUCAGAUUGACAUGGUUUAUCAAUACAAAUGGAAUUUCUCAAAUCUCGAAGAUGCAUUUGAAGAAGGUGGAGAAUUGCAUGGACAGAAAGUCUACCUUUUUGGUUGUACAGAACCACAAUUGGUUUUUUUCCAGGGACAAUCAAAAGUAACGUGUAUACCUGUUGUGGUUGCUGUUGUAUCCCCUUUUCCACCUUCUGAUAAAAUUGGAAUAAACUCUGUUCAAAGGGAAGCUGAAGAGAUACUUCCAAUGAAACAGAUGAAAAUGGACUGGGUUCCGUACAUUCCUUUGGAAAAACGGGAAUCUCAAGUUGAAAGACUCAAAUCUCAAAUUUUUAUUCUGAGGUGUACUCAGAGAAGGGCUGGUUUAAAACACUUGAAGUUGGAGCGAGUUAAGAAGUUUGAAUAUUGCUUACCUUAUUUCUAUCAGCCAUUUGCAGAAGAUGAAUUUGAACAGAGCACCAUUGUGCAGAUCUUGUUCCCAUCAGAACCGCCUGUGUUUUGCGAGUUUGAUUGGGAAUUUGAUGAGCCAGAGGAAAUGGCAGACAAAUUUAUUGAGUCAGAGGAGUUGCCGGCAGAUAAAAAAGAUGAAUUUGUGGAAUUUGUAAAGGAGAAGGUUAAAGAAGGAAAGAGGAGCAACCGAGAGGCGAGAGAAGCCAGGAAAAAAGCUAUACAGGAGAUGAGUGAAGAAGCAAAAGCUGCAUUUCAGAGUAUGAAGUUUUAUAAAUAUUAUCCCGUGACCUCACCUGAUGCUCCUGAUGUAUCUCAGGUCAAGUCUCCAUUCAUAAACAGAUACUACGGAAAGGCUCACAAAGUUUUCUGAAUGAUGAUGCAUCAGAGAGCAUAUUCAGAAUGGGAAAAUAAGUAGCUGUGAUCUGCAACCAUGUACUUCGUCUGGUAGCCUACUUCAGAGCUGAAUGAUGGAAUCAUACUGUUCAGCUUAGCAUGUGUUUUGUGGCAACCAUCAGAGUUAUAGAACUAUUUGAGGAUGUGGAAAGAUCCAUAGAGGCGAAAUGUAAUUUUUCCUCACCAAUCCUAUAGCUAGAGUGUUCAGUCAAAAAUUUUGGCAAUGGAUUCUUGUCUUCAUUAGCUGUGAAAUUUUCGUUUCAUCUUAAGAUGCAAAUGUAAUCCCUUUCUAUUAUUAGUUAUCAUGUGCAACCUAAUUAUGAGCUGCAAUUAGCAGUUGGUUCUUAGUUCGACUUGAUUAGAUGAACUCUGAGUAUUUUUUGCUUCAUAUGGAAGAAGAGUUAAAUCUUGUAUCCCCCA